CUUUCCCGUCCAUUCAGAAAAGAGCGUCUGAAGCAGUCGUAAAAACCUUUCGACUUCACCAAAGCGAAGAUGCCUCAAUCCAGGCGGAAUCGUACCGUCCAUACCUCCAAAACGCACAAGAACCGCAAAGAACUCGUCCGUCGGCUGGCCGCAAAUGUACAAGAAGCUGCCCAGCAGUACAACUACAUCUGGGUUUUUGGCGUCGAGAACAUUCGAAACAACUUCCUGAAACAAGUCAGAUCCGAUCUCGACGAUUCAAGAAUAAUGAUGGGAAAGACAAAGGUCAUGAUGGUAGGGCUGGGUCAAAAUGCGGAGACCGAAUGUGUACCCGGUGUCAGCGCUCUAGGACCCUACGUCAAGGGCGAGAUGGGGCUGCUGUUCACAAACCGGGAACCCUCCGAGAUAGAAGAAUACUUUCAAGACUCCCUCAACUUGGACUAUGCAAGAAGUGGCACCACCGCCACCCAAGAAAUCAUCAUCCCUCCUGGCCAGCUACAUACCAUGUACGGUGUCGACGGCGGCGAGGAGGAUCCUCUACCCAUUCAGAUCGAACCGACGCUUCGCAAACUUGGUAUCCCGACUCGCAUCGUAAAAGGCAAGGUUGUACUUGAAGAACGUCCCGAGGGAGCAAUGGAUGACGAUGAGGAGGGCUAUCUCGUCUGCAGAGAAGGCGACACGCUGGACUCGAGACAGACCAAUAUCCUGAAGAUUCUGGGAGUGCGCAUGUCGGAGUUCAAGAUUGAUCUGAAAGCUGUCUUUGACAAAAGCGCGGGGACUGUCCGUGAGAUAGGUGGGAUGGAGGUGGAUGAUGCUGCUGUUUGAAGGAUGUCGUUCGACCAGUUUUAGAGGCACGAUUAAUGACUGACGACUGCGGCAUGGCGGCUUGAAUUGGACUACUAUUCUCCAUAAUGGCCCUUCCAUCGCUGUCGAGCUCCCUCCAGCAACAGCCUCCCAGCAUCUGAGCAGGACUUGGGGAUCUCAACUGCCGCCGCGGCGUUUAGUGUCUGGAGUGGUCAAGAUAGGUCUGCCGAGAGCGAGAGAGAGCAUGUUGUCACUGCCGCCGGUUUUGCUGUGGAUAUGAUAUGAGCAGAAAGGACUCUGCUGUCUGGCCAGACCACCGAGGCUUCUGGAUACCGCCAGCAGGCACGGCCAGGCUCCUGUGAGCAGUGAUCGAGGCUGAGGCCAACCCAGCUGCAGAUAUUCUGUUGAAAACGUUUCAGUCCUGACUGGUGCAGAUAUCAAGGUUGCCAAAUUUGAGUGAAGAAUACAAAUUCUCCCUUUGCCGCCUUCUAUGUCCUACUCUACGAAACUAAAAGCUCUCUGCUAUCCCUGGUUUCACAAGCGCCGUCUUUGCUCAAGGC